AAAAUUAGUGACACAAGUUUUAUUCUUCUUCUUCAUAUUAUCUUUUUGGUUAAAUUUUAUAUAAUGAUCAUGCCAGCGUCUGAAACUACGAAAAAUGUAACUACCACUACCACUACCACCACCACUGCAGUCACCACCACAAAUACCAUGAAAGGUAUGCGAAAAUUCGUUGGGGUCAGGCAAAGGCCAUCAGGAAGGUGGGUGGCUGAAAUCAAAGAUUCAUCCCAAAAGGUGCGGUUAUGGCUCGGUACUUAUGACACCCCUGAAGAAGCGGCUCAAGCCUAUGACGAAGCGGCUAGAGCCUUGAGAGGUGAACACACGAGAACCAACUUUGCGCCUAUGCUAAAUAGUUCAUUGUCAGGAUCAGAUUCAAGACGCGCACUUAGCUUUUCUUCAUUAAAAGCGAGGCUAAGCAAGAACCUACAAAGCAUCAUGGCGCGAACGACUGAGAAUAAGUCGUCACCGAAAAGUAGGGUAAGCGAUCAUUUCACUUUCGCGAGUAUAUUCAACUUCAAAGGGAAUUACCAAUAUCAAAACCAAAACCAAAACAACGUUGCUAGUGACAUAGAAAAAAUAGUACAACCUAGUGUGAUUGUGCCAUCACAAACGUUGACGGAUUAUGAAGUUGCUACAACUUAUAAUUCAUCAUGGGACAACUCAAGCGUGUCGGAUUGUAGCAAUGAUUGGAUGGGGUUUUCUGCUACACAACACGGUUUAGAUUCGGAUGGGUCUGAUAUCGGUGAAGGUAGUUAUUUUGGAGACCAAAUGAUUGGAGGGUGGAUAAGUAGCCCCGACACUAGCGAGGGUGGGUCGAGGAGUAAAAGGUUUAAGGUUUCAUCAUCGGUUUUGGUUCCUCCAAAGUUCAAUGAUCCGGUUAACAACGAGUCGCCUUUUCCAUGGUGAGGUCGAGUUUGAAAUGAAACUAAUGGAAGUUUACAAGAAGCUCAAAAGGGUUUCUCUUGUUUUAGCCUCCUUUAUGUUAUACGUUAUGAAUGUCUAUGUAAAAAAAAUACAAUUAUGUUUUUUACCUUAUGAUAAUAUAAAAAUAUCUUAGUUUACUA